UGAUUUCUGCCAACAAUUUUCCGGACUGAGCCCAUUGUUCGUCUCAAGUAAACAAACACAUAUGUGGAGUGCAUCAAACAGGUGUGUUUGUUAUUAUCAAUCAGCGAAAUCUUAUUGCUCAGACGUUCCUCCAGUCCAGUCUCUUACAAGAUUCUCAUUGGAAUAGUUGAAUCAUUGAUCUGGUUAUCAAGUGAGGCAGUUUUAUCUACUCCAACCGUAUUUAUAAGUGGUUCAAGUACUUGCCUGCGUGAAGUUGAUUCAGUUUUUCCACCAGCUAUGAUUGCUGCUAGGGCAUUGCAUUACGUUUUAAAAAUCGGAAACCGAGCGAAAAAUGUUCACUUUUUCCGAGAGAUUCUUGGAAUGCAGGUAUUGCGGCAUGAGGAAUUUACCCAAGGGUGUGAUGCUGCUUGCAAUGGGCCAUACGACAACCGCUGGAGCAAGACGAUGAUCGGAUAUGGACCAGAAUCGUCUCAUUUUGUGCUGGAGUUGACCUACAACUAUGGCGUUAAAGAAUAUGCUCUGGGAAACGACUUCGGUGGUAUGACCAUCAGCUCGGCCAACAUAAUCGAACGGGCCACAAAGUUGAAUUAUCCAAUGACUCAGAAAGGCAACCAUUUCGAGUUGGUAUCACCGGACGGGUACAAGUUUUUCAUCACCAACGAUGGAAGCUCGGUAGACGCGGUUAGAAAAGUUACCCUUAACUGUUCCGAUUUAAAUCGAUCGGUCCAGUACUGGCACGGCACGCUGCAAAUGAAAGAGGUCGCCAAAACCGACAUUAGCGCUCAGUUGACCUACAGUGACGAAGGCUUUAUCCUGGAACUGGUUCAAAUAUCGGAUCCGCUAGAUCGAGCUAAGGCGUAUGGGCGGAUAGCAUUUGCGGUUCCGUUCGAAAUUCAACCAAUGAUUGACGAAAGGAUUCAACAGUCUAAAAACACCAUACUUACGCCACUGAUUUCGCUUGACACCCCGGGAAAGGCCACGGUACGCGUAAUUAUUCUGGCCGAUCCGGACGGCCAUGAAAUUUGCUUUGUCGAUGAGGAAGGUUUUACAGCGCUAUCGCAAGUCGAUCCGGCUAGCAAUGGUCAACUGGACAAGUACAUUAAAAAGGAUCCAUUCCAGGAGACAUAAAACAAGUUUACACAGUUAAAUAAAGUUUCCGUUUGUUAUCGCAAA